AUGCAUUUCACCACCAGCACCCUCCUCACCCUCCUCCCACUCCUCUCCCUCACUACCGCCUCCGAUGUAUCAACCGUCUCCCUCUUCACUUACCACGCAACGACCACCGCCGCGGCCGGUAUUCCUCAAUUCACCAGCAUCCCUCUCGGCGCGUCCAUCAUCUCCGCCAACCCGACAGCCACCACCAUGGCCGUCUCAUGCCUCAACGACGAUAACUGCAUCCUGCCCAGCCCCAUCACCGUCACCGCAGGACCCUCCACAUACACCCUCUCGGCCGUGUACAGCACCAGCGUGGAGGGCGUGCAGGAGGUGCUCACCAUGGUCGAGGACUGCAAGAUCACGGGCGUGACGCAGGGCGCGUCCUGCAGUGUGAGCUAUGGGAUCGAGGCGACGUAUAAGGGGGUUAGUACGAGUACGGAGGUCAAUACGGAGAUUAGUGUCGCCAGUGCGGAGAUCGGGUAUGAGACUCUUAGUGUUACGGCGGGUGCUGAUAAGUUGAGUGGUGCUACUGGAACUUCUACUGCGACUGCUAGUGGAAGUGGAAGUACGGAGACGGGCAUGGCUGGACGGAAUGUUGUCGGGGCUGGGGCCUUGGCUGUGGGUGUGGCUGUCGCUGGAUUGGGGAUGUUGUAG